GUCAAUUUCAUUGUUUCAUCGAGGUUCUUCUCUUAUGAGUUCUGUGGCGCUCGGUUAGUAAAUAAAAAACAAAGCAAAAGAAAGUUAAAUGAAGCUCUAAAAAAAUGGCACUAAUGGCAACAAGAACCAAGUUAUGUAGGUUCUUAACCCGGACCCUCAGACCCGAGUCCAGCGCCUUCAACUUCAAUGGCUCUAUGCGGCCAGACCCAUUUCACUGCAGCUUCUCGUCAGCUUCCUCUGCUGCAGCAGUGGCGCCUCAAAGAGAGCCAAUGGGAUUGGAAGUACUGGGAGUGAAAGACUAUGAUGAUUACAGGCGGUCUCUUUAUGGAGCGAUCACUCACAAGGCUCUUCUUGUCGACGCUGUUGGCACCCUCUUGGCUCCAUCUCAGCCCAUGGCUCAGAUAUAUAGAGAGAUAGGGGAGAAAUAUGGGGUGGAGUACUCUGAAGUUGAGAUAUUGAACAGAUAUAGAUGGGCUUAUGCUCAGCCUUGGGGUAGAUCUCGUCUCAGAUAUGUGAACGAUGGGAGACCCUUCUGGCAAUAUAUUGUCAGUUCUUCCACUGGCUGCUCAGAUUCUCAGUACUUCGAAGAGCUUUAUAGCUACUAUACCACUGACAAGGCUUGGCAUCUCUGUGAUCCUGAGGCUGAGAAAGUAUUUAAGGCUCUUAAAACAGCUGGUGUAAAAGUGGCUGUGGUGUCAAAUUUUGACACUCGGUUAAGAGCUGUCUUGAGGGCUCUGAAUUGUGAUCAUUGGUUCGAUGCUGUGGCAGUGUCAGCUGAAGUUGAAGCCGAAAAGCCAAAUCCAACAAUAUUUUUAAGAGCUUGUGAGCUGUUGGGUGUAAAACCUGAGGAUGCUGUUCAUGUAGGGGAUGACCGCAGGAAUGAUAUAUGGGGUGCCAGAGAUGCAGGUUGUGAUGCUUGGCUCUGGGGAAGUGACGUUUACUCGUUUAAAGAGGUUGCUCAAAGGAUAGGAGUCCAGGUCUAGAGGAUCAUCCCUUGACGACACAGCUUGGAAGUUGCUUAAUAUGUACAGGUUCUUUUAGCUUGUUCUGAGAGGUUUUAUACAUACUCUAUUGUAGUGUUUAAAAAGUUGUUAGGCUAUACAUUAUGUGUGAGCAUUACAGACAGAAAAUAAGGUAGGAAGACAGUUAAUCUUUUCUGGUAUUGAAAAUAGUAGAAAAAUUUUACCUUAAAGACCUGUCGGUUAUUAUUAUUAUUUUUUUAGUAUUUGAAGGUAUCAGCGUUUGAAUUCUGAUCACUAGAACUAGGAGUGCACCAUCAAGCCACACACGGCUGUUGGCAAUUGCCGUUAUUCAUAAUAUGAUCCAAGCAUAAUACCCACAA